GAGAAGUUAUAAAUAAAUAUACUUACUUUAUAAGACUUUUACAAAACCCACUUCAUAAGAACUUUAAAUUCAACCCCUCUUGAGCUCUUGUAUGUGCAGAUAAAAUAGCAUAGUUAUGUUAAAAUACGACAAACUUAAGGGAAAACAUGUAAAAUCGGCAACAAAUUUUAUUGACGAUAGGAAACAAAUGUGUAAUACUCUUGAAAUUAUGAGAUUAUGUGAGUGAUAAGAGUAACAGAACGUUAUAAAAAGCGCAUGAAACUUCUAAAGGAAAAAAACGCACGAUGGGAAUACUGCAACUAAUAUUUCCAAUCUGGGCGUCCAUUGCAAUUAUCGAAAGUAAAAUUGUUGAUAAUAUUCGGCACGAGGUUAGAAAAUUCCCUGAUGAAUUCCAAUUUGGUGCAGCCACUGCCUCUUAUCAGGUCGAGGGGGCUUGGAAUGAAGACGGAAAAUCUGAAAGUAUAUGGGAUCAUUUAACACACGAAAAUCCAUGUUACGUCUUGGACUGUUCCAAUGGUGACAUCGCUGAUGAUUCUUAUCAUCUAUAUAAAAGAGACGUAGAGAUGAUGCGAGAGCUAGGCUUGGACUUUUACAGAUUUUCACUUUCCUGGACAAGAAUUUUGCCAACUAGCUUUCCAGACAAAAUAAAUGAAGCAGGAGUUCAAUACUAUAACAAUUUAAUUGAUGAAAUGCUCAAGUAUAAUAUCAAACCAAUGGUUACGCUGUAUCAUUGGGACUUGCCGCAAAAAUUGCAAGAGAUGGGAGGAUGGACCAACCCUAACAUUAUUGAUUGGUAUUCAGACUACGCACGUGUUGUUUUCGAGUUAUUUGGUGAUAGAGUUAAAGAUUGGAUCACAAUAAAUGAACCAUAUCAAGUUUGUUACAACGGCUAUGGAGACAAGUCGCUAGCCCCUAUUUUGAACAUUAAGGGUGUCGCAGAUUAUAUGUGUGCGAAAAACUUAUUGUUAGCUCAUGCUAAGGCAUAUCAUAUUUAUGACGAAGAAUUUCGUCCUACUCAAGGUGGCUCUAUUUUCAUUUCUCUCAGUGCGCAAUGGUAUGAUGCGGAAUUUGAGGAAUUUGCAGUCGUUGCUCAGGAAGCUAACGAUUUCUUUUGGGCUGUUUAUUCCCAUCCUAUCUUUUCUGCCAGCGGCGACUUUCCUAAGUCUGUAAAAGACGCUGUGGCUACUAAGAGUAUUGAACAAGGAUAUCCUAGAUCAAGACUGCCCGAAUUUACUGAAGAAGAAAUUGCCUACGUCCGAGGUUCUUCCGAUUACUUUGGACUUAAUCACUACUCAACACUAUAUGUGUAUCGAAAUGAAUCUACCUUAAACUAUUAUGAGUCGCCAUCAUUUCAUGAUGACCAUGGGAUAAUAACUUAUACCUACGACGAAUGGAGAAUUGGUGAAUCGCUAAAAACGAAAUUUGUUCCUUGGGGAUUCACGAAAUUAUUAGCAAAAAUAAGAGAAGAUUAUGGGAAUCCACCUGUCAUCAUCACGGAAAACGGUUUCGCCACACACGGAGGACUAAAUGAUGAAGACCGCGUCACUUACUACAAACAUUACAUCGGAGCUAUGUUAGACGCCAUGGAGGAUGGUUCAGAUGUCCGUAGGUAUACAGCUUGGAGUAUAAUGGACAAUUUCGAAUGGACAGCUGGCUACACUGAGCGCUACGGUCUGUACGAGGUGGACUACGAGAGUCCGGAGCGCACGCGUACGCCGCGCAAGUCCGCCUUCGUGUACAAGCAGAUUCUGCGCACGCGCGAGCUCGACAUGCACUACGAGCCCCACACUGAUGUCAUGACCAUCGACGAGGGACAUUUGAGGCAUAACGCUCGCGGCGGGUUAAUGCGGCCGGUCGAAAUGUGCUCGCACACAAGUUUGCUACUCUUCGUCAUCUUAAAUGUGGUAUUAGUUAAUAGUAGUAAGUAUCAAAAUCAGCGGAGUCCAAGAAAGUUUCCUGUUGGGUUUCGCUUUGGCACUGCGACUGCCGCUUAUCAAGUCGAAGGAGCAUGGAAUGAAGAUGGAAAAACUGAAAGUAUAUGGGAUUACCUGACACAUACGAACUCUAGCGCGAUCAGAGAUGGUUCGAACGGUGACAUUGCUGCUGACUCCUAUCACUUAUACAAGAGAGACGUGGAGAUGAUGCGAGAGUUGGGUCUGGAUUACUAUAGAUUUUCAUUAUCUUGGCCUCGGAUCCUACCCACGGCAUUCCCGGACAAGAUAAAUGAAUCAGGAGUGAAGUACUAUAAUAACUUGAUAGACGAAAUGCUCAAGUAUAAUAUAGAACCCAUAGUCACAAUCUAUCAUUGGGAUCUGCCGCAGAAACUGCAGAAGAUGGGAGGCUGGUCGAAUCCGUACAUUAUCGACUGGUAUUCAGAUUUCGCACGCGUCUGUUUUAAAUUGUUCGGGCAUAAGGUUAAAAAAUGGAUAACUAUUAACGAACCGGCACAAAUUUGUGACUUCGGUUAUGGUAGAGACUUGUUAGCUCCUAUGCUUCAUAUACCAGGAGUGGCUGACUACUUAUGUGCCAGGAAUUUGUUGCUGGCUCACGCGAAGGCGUAUCACAUAUACGAUAAAGAAUUCCGACCAAAACAGAACGGCGCUAUAUUCAUUACACUGAGCGCACAGUUUUAUUCAUACGAAUUUGGAAAAUACAAAGAAGCCGCUCUAGAAGCUAAUGACUUUAAUUGGGCCAUAUAUUCCUAUCCGAUAUUUUCUAAAACUGGCGACUUUCCGCCUUCUAUGAAAAAGAGAGUGGCGCGCAAGAGCGCAGAACAAGGCUUCUUCAGAUCCAGGCUUCCAGAAUUGAACCCUGAAGAAAUUGCUUUUAUCAAAGGCACUUCAGAUUAUUUUGGUCUAAAUCAUUAUUUCUCGUUCUACGUCUACAGAAAUGAUUCAGUGAACGGUAUGUUUGAAACACCCUCCACUGACGAUGAUCUCGGAGUUGCCACUUAUUUCGGGGAGGGGUGGCAAAUCGGAGAGUCUAACGCUACUAUGUUCGUGCCGAAAGGAUUCUAUUAUCUUUUGACGAAGAUAAGAAAUGACUACAACAAUCCUCCGGUGCUUGUGACAGAGAACGGGUUCGCGACACGCGGCGGUUUGCGGGAUGAAGAUCGCGUCACUUACUACCGCUACUACAUCUCAGCUAUGCUGGACGCCAUCGCCGAGGGCUCCGACAUACGCGCAUAUACCGCUUGGAGCAUGAUGGACAACUUUGAAUGGGCGGCUGGUUACACGGAGCGUUUUGGUCUGUACGAGGUGGACUUCUCGAGUCCGAAUCGGACGCGCACGCCGCGCAAGUCCGCCUUCAUCUACAAACAAAUUGUGCGCACGCGUGAACUCGACUGGGACUAUGAACCUGAAAGUUACAUCAUGACUAUAGAUAAGGGACAUUAAGAGGUACACUACAAAAUUCUUAAGAAUGUACUGAGUUUUUUUAUUUUUCCAAUAAAAUUUUGAAGUUCUUA